AUUUUGUGUUUAUUCCAACAAAAGAUGAACCAAAAAACUUCGCAGCAGUGAUUGGAGUAAUGAUUUAUGCUGGAAGUUACAAUCCAAAUUAUGAACAUAUAGUUUCUAAGCUCAAAGACGUAAAACAUAAUGGUGAUAAGGAAAUCCUGGACAACUUUCCAAUCAUUGAUCUGUUCCCAAAAACUACCCGCUGUUGGUACCGAUAUUGUGGGAGUUUAACCACACCACCGUGUACAGAGACUGUUAUAUGGACUGUGUUUGAAAUGAGCAUUUCUAUGUCAGAAUACCAGUUAAAGGAAUUCAGGAAAUUGAUGGGAGAACACGAAAUAUUUACAGAAGGUGACAAUAAUAUAGUGGAUACAUUUAGACCUGUACAGCCAUUGUUACAACGCAAGGUUUCACUAAGCUGUCCGUGCAAUAGAAAGAACUCUCGUGGACAAAAUCGUCGACAAACUAAGGAAUACGGUUGCAUUACCCAUGGAUACGGAGACAUAAAAAGCCAUCAGACGUAUUCUCAUCAUUCAUCUGGAACCGAUAAAUGUCUAUUUUCAAUUCCGGAAUAGGUUUUUAUGAUCUUUGAACUACUAUAAGUUGUAGCAAUAUAACAAGAUAAC